AUGGGCAUCUCCUACGACGCGCUCUCAGAUAACCUGCGCGACUGGGCGUUGCGCCAGUCCGUCUUCUUCGUGGCAUCCGCGCCGCUCCUAGGCCGUCACAUCAACGUCUCGCCCAAAGGGCUGCCCAAGUCGUCCCUCGCCGUGCUCGGCCCCAACCAAGUCGCCUAUGUCGACUCCAUGGGAUCCGGAUGCGAGACCAUCUGCCAUGUCCGCGAGAACGGCAGGGUGACGAUGCUCUUCUGCUCCUUUGACAAGACACCGCGCAUAUUGCGCCUAUAUUGCACGGGCUCCGUGACGGAAAGCGACAGGCCCGAAUUUCACACGUGGCUUCAGAAGAUGGGCGACAAGGAACUGGUGGGCGCCCGGGCCGUCAUUGUGCUCAACAUCUUCAAGGUCCAGGUAUCCUGCGGGUUUGGCGUUCCUCUCCUCGGCUUGGACCCUGAUCCGACCCUGGAAGAGCCAAAACCGUGCCUCCUGACCCGGCCGCGACUGGAGGAGUAUGCCCGGUACGCGGUUGAUCGGGGCCAGACGCUGGAACACCAGCAAAAAUGGAACUCGAGCAGCCUAGACGGUCUUCCAGGCUUGCACACUGCUCUCCGUGCUGGCGGACAUAGUGUCUUCUGGGCCGAGUGCAUGAAUUGGUACCGUCGGAAUCAGCAUGUCAUAGUGCUGGUUCAGACAGGUGUGAUAGUAAUGUUGUUUGCCAUAUUAGCGAUGCAAAACAGGCCAAGCGCCGGGAACACGUAG